UUUCAUGACAAACAGAGAGAAAAUUGACAGCUUAAAUAUCUUCCCCUACAUCACCCUAAUCUAGAAUCAAUCACUUUCAAUUCACAAUAAUUCUAGUACAAAAUCACUUGCACCACAAAUAGUAGAUACACUUUUUACUACAGGAUAUAGUUUAUGAGGUUUACUUCAAUAAAUCUAGUAGAAAAUUCUACACAAAAUAUAUUUGAUUUGUAAGAAAAAAAAACUUGUUCAUUUGCAGGUCAUGGCACAGCAAUUUGAAAUUUUUUUCCUUCUUCCAUUUUUCCUCUUGCCCUUAAUUUUUUUUAUCUUCAAAAUUUUCAAAUCAUCCAAAAUUACACAACUUCCACCAGGACCAACACCAUGGCCAGUCAUAGGAAAUAUUUUUCAAAUGGGAAAAAUGCCUCACAUAACUCUGACAAAUUUUGCAAAAACUUAUGGCCCUCUUAUGUCCCUAAAGCUUGGAACUAAAUGGUUAGUUGUUGGAUCAUCACCUCUUGCUGCUGUAGAAAUCCUCAAAACCCAUGAUAAAAUUCUGUCAGGGAGAGAUGUUCCAAGUGCUGCUCCAUCAAAAGGGUCAGAUCUUGACAAGACAUCAUUGGGAUGGAUAUCUGAAUGUAACAGUGGAUGGAGAUACUUGAGGACUUUAUGCAGAACCGAGCUUUUCGCUGGAAAAGUAUUGGAGUCUCAAGCUUGUCUGAGGGAGAAAAAAGUGAUGGAAUUGGUAGAAUUCUUGAGGUCAAAAGAAGGUCAAGUGGUGAAUAUUGGAGAGCUAGUCUUUGCAACUGUGUUGAACAUGCUGAGUAAUGUUCUGAUAUCUAAGGAUAUGGUUAAUUUGGAGGAAGAAAUAGAAGAUGGUGUGAUAAAAAGUCUUGUAAGGGGAAUAGUGGAAGUGCUCUCUGCUCCAAAUAUAUCUGAUUUAUAUCCUAUUUUAGGUAAAUUAGAUCUUCAAGGUCUGCAAAAAAAAUCUAUAGAUUUAGUGACAAAGCUUUGUUCCAACUGGGAACCGAUUCUUGAAGAAAGAAGGAACAGUAGAGAGAAGGGUUCUUCUAGCCAACAAGAUUUCUUGGAAACUCUCCUUGAUAAUGGUUUUACCAACGAUAGAAUCCACCAGUUAUUAAUGGAGUUACUCUCAGCUGGUUCAGACACCAGUACCUCAACAAUCGAGUGGGCGAUGGCAGAACUGAUGAAAAAUGUAGAGUCAAUGAAGAAAGUUCAAGAGGAGCUCGAGAUAGAACUCAGUGAAAGUGAUUACCUAAAAGAAUCUCAAUUGCUGCAGAUGUCCUAUAUCCAAGCCUGUGUAAAGGAAACGCUUAGGUUGCAUCCUCCAGGACCAUUGUUGCUUCCACAUCGUGCUAUCGAAAGCUGCCAAGUGAUGAGUUACACAAUUCCUAAAGACGCUCAAAUCUUAGUAAACAUCUGGGCUAUCACAAGGGAUCCUUUGAUAUGGGAAGAACCAGACAUGUUUAGACCACAGAGGUUUCUGAGUUCUGAUAUGGACUUCAAAGGGAAUGACUUUGAGUACUUACCCUUUGGUGCAGGAAGGAGAAUAUGCCCAGCUCUGCCAAUGGCAGCAAUAAAAAUUCCUUUAGUCCUUGCUUCACUUGUUCAUUUCUUUGAUUGGGAACUUCCUUGUGGAAAAUGUCCUGUUGAGCUAGACAUGACUGAAAAGUUUGGAGUAACACUACAAAAGAAAGAACCGCUGCUUUUGAUUCCCAAGGCAAGAAAAUGACCAUUGGUAUCUCUUAUCAGUGAUAUACCUUGCAUUGUGUAUUAGAUUCAAGUAUAUGUUUUCCUGCUGUGUUCGUAUAGUUGUUUAUAGACAAGAUCAUGUUCAAAAUAUAUAUAAUAUAUAUUUCAUUUGGGUUUUA